GCGCCACGGCGAAAAGUGUGAAACCUGGUCUUUCACAAUAAAGGAAGAUCAUAAAUUGAGGAUGUCUGACAGCAGGGUGAUGAGGAAAAUAUUUGGGCAUAAGAAGGAAGAAAUAAACAGGAGCAUGGAGAGAAUUUUGUAAUGAGGAGUUUCGUGGUUUAGUAUGUUCACCAUGCCAUUAUCAGGGUUGUCAAAUCAAGGCGAAUGACAUGGGUGUGGCAUGUAGGACACAUGGGAAAGAUGAAAAUUGUUUACACCUUUUUUUGCUGGAUAACAUGAAGGAGAGAAACCACUUGGAAGAGCCAGAGAUGCCGUGGUGGCCACGUCUGAGCUGAGGUAGCCUGAUUUUCGUGGCUUGCUGGCCUACAGCAGCAGCCAUGCUGAUUAAGGAGUACCGUAUUCCACUUCCCCUCACUGUAGAGGAAUAUCGGAUUGCACAACUAUAUAUGAUCGCUAAAAAGAGCCGAGAAGAAAGCAAAGGAGCAGGUAGUGGUGUGGAAAUUCUGGUAAAUGAGCCAUAUAAUGAUGGGCCUGGUGGUCAAGGACAGUACACACACAAAAUUUAUCAUGUUGGCAGUCAUUUACCAGGUUGGUUUAAGAGCCUUCUUCCCAAGUCAGCCCUCACUGUUGAAGAGGAAGCAUGGAAUGCUUAUCCAUAUACAAAAACACGCUACACAUGCCCUUUUGUGGAAAAGUUCUCCCUUGAGAUAGAAACAUAUUACUAUGCUGAUAAUGGGCACCAGGAGAAUGUCUUUGGCCUUUCUGGAAGUGAUCUCAGGAACAGAGUGAUCGAUCUGCUUGAUGUAGUGAAAGACCAGCUUUAUGGAACUGACUAUGUCCGUGAAGAGGAUCCAAAAAUAUACAUCUCUCAAAAAACAGGCCGUGGGCCAUUAUCUGAUACAUGGUUGGAUGAUUACUGGAGUGAAUGCAAGGGACAACAAAUGCCACUUCCAAAUGGAAAAUCCAUCAUGUGUGCAUACAAGUUAUGCAGAGUUGAGUUCCGAUACUGGGGGAUGCAGACAAAGUUGGAAAAAUUUAUACAUGAUGUGGCUCUCCGGAAGACAAUGCUUCGUGCUCAUCGACAGGCAUGGGCAUGGCAGGAUGAAUGGCAUGGAUUGUCAAUGGAAGACAUUCGUCAGAUUGAAAGACAGACCCAAGAAGCUUUAAAGAGAAAGAUGGGCAUGGGUGACAGUGAAUCACCAGACUUAAGUGAUGAGCUGAAUGGAGGCUUCACAUCAACUAAUGGGGGCACCGUAGGUGCCAUGACCACACCUCAGGAUUCCUCAAUGGCCAAGACCCUGCAGGCUACCCUAGGGAGUAUUGAGAAAACAGAACAGGAAAUGCCAAGUCCACCUGUAAUAAAGAAAUCAGAUAUUGUACCAACCAUUCAGACCGAUGGUUCAGAAGGAGAUGGUAGCCCUGAAGAUUCACCCACUGAAAUUUUCAGGCAUCCUGAUGAUGAAGGGUGUGGGGUAGUUGGUAUGUCAGUCCAGGAUUUUGAGAGCCGCAGGAAGCUACGCUCUCACAGCAAUUCCAAGGCAGGUCUUCACUCUCCAAGUUCCACCUCAACCAAAAGCUUUGACCUCCAGAUGGCAAACUGGAGAAUGGAAAGCAUUGUUCGAGAUUCAGACUCUGGUAGUGAUGAUGAGUUCUUUGAUUGUCAAGCGGGGUUCAUAAUCCCUGUCAUCAAGGAGGAUGUUGGAGACACAACUUCUUUGGCAAAAUGGAGUUCUUUGGAUCUUUUGACUGAAGAAGACCUGGAUGCCACAUCCCCUUGUGUUGUUGUAGAUAAACAAGCUGACAGCAUCUUCUCGCAGACAUUCUUACAGCGAGUCAUAAGUGAAAGAAGUCGAAUGAUAGGUGGAGGAAACAGUGUGGAUGUGUCAUGUCCUGGCUCCCCAGUCAUGACUCCUUUUCAUCGCACAACAUGCAGCACCACAGUGCUCAUACUUGUGCUCCAUGCUGGUAGUGUCUUGGAUGCAAAUGUAGACUUGACUGCAAAGAAGUCUGACAUUACAACAUUUCGUGGAGCCUUUGAAUCUGUAAUGCGGCAGCAUUAUCCUUCCAUGGUUGGCCAUAUUGCCAUCAGAUUGGUCUCAUGCCCAUCAAUUUGCACAGAGGGUCUAGGGAUUCUAUCUAGCCUCAGCCCCUACAGCUUUGAUGUGUCUCCAUCAUGUACAGAUACCCCCCAUGUGACACAUGACUCCAUCCCAAUUGGGGCCAUCCCUAUAUUUGCCAGCUCAACACCUGAGUAUCAGGACGCUGUCUCCAGGAUAAUCAGUGGAGCUAACACAGUCUACCAUGAAUUCAUCAAAUCAGAGGAAGGACAGGGAUUCAAUGGACAAGUCUGUUUUGUAGGUGAUGGUGUAGGUUCCAUCUUAGGUUAUGAUGCUCUUUGUCGGUCCGUUCAGUACCAGUCUCGCCAUGACAGUGAGAACAGCAUUCUUGAUACAGAUGGUCUGCCUCCAGAUGAGAAGGACAUUGUGAAAUCCAUCCAUAAGAUCCAGUUGACAGAUGGAAGUCAAGGAGCUGAGGGUGUACAGUUCAACACUGAGGGACUGUAUCCCAACAAACAUCUUGCAGCACCACCACCCCGGAGAAGAUCUUCUUCAACAAGUGAUCAUCAGUGUAAAUUAGAGUUUGAAGUGAGCGAUUUCUUCAUGUUUGGAAGUCCAUUGGCCUUGGUUCUUGCUUAUAGGAAGAUAUCUUCACCUGAUGAUAAGAACACUCUUAUUGCAAGACCCAUGGUACAACAAGUAUACAAUCUGUUCCACCCAACAGAUCCAGUAGCUGCAAGGCUUGAGCCACUUCUCUCUGCAAGAUUCUCCAUGUUGCCUCCUGUAAAUGUGGCUCGCUACCAGAAGUAUCCUCUGGGAAAUGGACAACCAUAUCAUCUCUUGGAAGUAAUCCAGGCCAAUCCACAAAUGUUUGCAGAAGGUUUGAAUAUAGCCCCUCCCACACCAGGUUGCCACCUGCGGCGAAUGUCAGAAGUCAGUAUACAGAGUACAAUAUCAGGUGUGAUUGACUCUUUACCACUUCAAACAAUCAAUGCCUUAACCCAGAAAUGGUGGGGCACAAAGCGGCUUGACUAUGCACUGUAUUGUCCUGAAGGACUGGCAAACUUUCCAACCAAUGCUCUGCCCCACCUGUUCCAUGCCAGUUACUGGGAAUCCUCUGAUGUCAUAGCAUUUAUUUUGCGCCAGCUUGGUCGAGUAGACAUUGUACCAACAAUUGGUAAUGAAGACAAGGACCUUGCAAGCUUCAGCCCAAGUCAACCAAGAGAAAAGUGGAUCAAGAAGAGAACUUCUGUGAAACUUAAGAAUGUUGCUGCAAACCAUCGUGCUAAUGAUGUCAUAGUGAGAGAAGGUGCCCGUCAGGUUCUUGUGGCACGUUUUAUGUAUGGCCCUCUCGACAUGAUCACUCUGGCAGGUGAAAAAGUUGAUAUACAUGUGAUGAAAGAUGCACCUGCUGGAGAGUGGACGCUUGUAGCAACAGAAGUGACAGAUAAGACUGGUCGUGUUACGUACACAUUUCCUGAAGAUAGUGCCCUCAGUUAUGGCAUGUAUCCUAUCAAAAUGGUUGUAAGGGGAGACCACACUUCAGUAGACUUCUACAUGGCAGUGGUUCCUCCCAGAACAGAAUGUGUUGUCUUCAGUAUUGAUGGGUCGUUCACAGCCAGUAUGUCAGUAACAGGACGUGACCCUAAAGUCCGAGCAGGUGCAGUUGAUAUUGUACGGCACUGGCAGGAACUGGGGUACCUGAUCAUAUACAUCACAGGUCGGCCUGACAUGCAGCAGCAGAAAGUUGUCUCCUGGCUCUCACAGCACAACUUUCCACAUGGACUGGUGUCUUUUGCUGAUGGACUAUCUACAGACCCUUUGGGGCACAAGGCAACUUACCUAAAAAAUCUCAUACAGGAACAUGGGUUGGUGAUGCAUGUAGCAUAUGGGAGCAGUAAGGACAUCAGUGUAUACACUUCAAUUGGCCUGAAAGCAAAACAAAUUUUUAUUGUGGGAAAGGUGUCCAAAAAGCACCACUCGCUAGCAACAGUGCUGCAGGAUGGUUAUGCUGCCCACUUGACUACUCUCUUGGCACAUGGUGGCUCUAGGCCUGCACAGGGAAAUGCUAGGAUGGUGAUUCCAAGAGGUUACUUUGGUUUGCCUGGACAGAAUGCUUCCCUCAGAAGACGAAGGUCUGCCAAACGAGCCACAUCAUAUCCACUUAUGGGUGGAAUCGGGUCUUCAGAAAGAAGUGUCGGUGGACGUUCACCACGUCAUACAUCUACCCGUCUUCCAUCUGAUAAACUCUGACACUCUUUACUUAUAAUGAAUCUAGUCCAUUCUGCUACUGGAAGACAUUCCUACAUGACAGGCAAAGUUGUCGGUUGCAAGAGCCCAACGUGGGUGAAAGCCCAUACAUGAUUUACCCUUAGUUGUUAUUAUGUUCUAGUCUUUGCAGGAAGAUGGGAGAUUGUAAACAAGAGAGAUAGUAUGUGAAAGAUAUCAUCACACAUACAUGUAUUGUAUCUAGUCUGUGUGGCCAUCAGAGUGCAUUACCAUGUCGUGGAUGAAAUGAGCUAUUUAAUGAAGAAUUAUCAUAUUCAUACAAACAACAACAAUCAAACCGACUAUAUGAACGUUGAUACAUCUAAAGCAAUUGUAAGAAACUUCACAGUAUGUUUGUUAAUUGCAAGGAUGUACUUAAAGACUAGUUUUCAGAAUGCAGUUGUCUGGAGCUAAAGACAUUCAAAUGAAGAAAGAAAUGAUUUUAUCUAGUGGUUACUUUUCGAGAGGGUAUUUUGACUUCAUGUCUGUCUUUGAGUGCAUGAGAUUCUACAUGUGUAGCUAUGACCACAUGCCAUAUGGUUUCUCAUAUUACUAAUUUGAUUUAAUUAAAUAAAUUAUAACAUAUUUUAAUGUGAACUUACUUUUUCAUGGAAAGAUUUUUGCAAUAUGAUCCCUGAAAUCAGGUAGAAUAAACUAUGUGAGAUUGAGGUUCUCAGUAAAUAUUUAGAGUAUGGUGCUUUGAGAUAUAUGAUAGAUAUAUGUCUACGAAACUAUACGGUAUUGCAUCCAGCAAGACCAUAAUCUUUAUAAUAAACUACAUUCAGUUUAUCCUGAUGUAUAAUCAUAAGUGCUCGGAAACCUCAUGGAAGAUGGUCAUGGUGUGUGCAAGUAGUAGUGAAAACAAAUGUGACAAAACAUUUGUACAUGAAACAUGACGCUUAUAAAUGUAUAUGUGAAUAUUCACAUGAAAUGACUGUUCCUUUGCAGAAAAGUUGCAUGUACCAUAAUAUAUGAAUUUAUGUGUGGUAUGUUCAUGCCUGUUCAUUGUCCUCUCUAGAUUUAUAAAUUAGGUUAGGUUGCGCCCUUUCUGUUCUAUUCUCCCUCAGCAACACUGUACUAUAGAUUCCAUUGUAUAUUCAUGUUUUGUGUGUUCUGUAUAAAUAUUGUCUAUCAUAGUUCCCAGCAUUUGUUAAUAUGACAGAAGUAGUCAGUCUUAUAAAGCAGAAUGACUCCACAAAUCACAUAUCAAAGGUCUAAUAUCAAUGCAUAUAGGAUUCUGAAAUGUACAUUAGUUCAAAGUCAGGAUUCUCUGUUAAUCGACCAGUUAUGAUUGCCAGAUCCAUUAAACAAAAUCCAUUAUCAAAAUAUUACACUCAGUACUUCCAUUUUUUAGGGGGCAUGCAGUAGCGUAGUUGGUUGAGGCACAAUGCUACAAGCCAGAAGGUCGCGGGUUCAAGUCCCGAUGA